CAGCUCUGCUCUGCUUCAAAGGCUUCCGGAGUGGAGUCAAGAAUGGCUGUUGAACAACCACAAGGCACCUACAAGGACUCUGCAGUUCUUCAUGAGAAGCUAGAGGAUGACUCAUAUAAGUUGCAUGUCUAAGCCAUGCUCCCUAGGUUGGUGUUCUUCAAGGAUGUGGCCAUAGACUUCUCUCAGGAGGAGUGGGACUGCCUGAACUUGGAGCAGAAGGAAUUGUAUAGAAAUGUGAUGUUAGAAAACUACAGCAACCUAGUCUCACUGGAUGUGCUUUCCUUAUUGGAGCAAGGGAAUGAGCCCUGGAAGACUGUGCAGGAUGUGACAAGAAGUCAGAGUUCAGACUGUGAAUCCAGGUGGGCCAGGAAGCUGUCUUCAAAAAGAGAAAUAUAUGGAAGAGAAUCAUCUCAGUGGGAGAUAAAAAAACAAGUUCCAAGCCGUAAGUGGGAGUUCAAACGUUUUCAAGAUGAUAGGGGAUGCAAAGAACAGUGUGAAUGGCAGUUAGGAAAUAAAGAGGAACUUCUCAGGCCACUAGUAAUCACUUAUGAAGAAAUUUCUAAUUUUAACCAGACUGCAUCCCUUACAUUAAAACAGAAAGUUCAUUGUACUGAGAAAUCCUAUGAAUGUAAAGCAUGCAAAAAAUACUUUGUCCGUGGCUUUCAAAUGACUGACCAUCAGAAGAUUCAUUCUGAUGAAAAAUUCUAUGAAUGUAAAGAAUGUGGAAAGGCCUUUAUUUGGGGUUCACAACUUACUUAUCAUCAGAAAGUUCAUGUUGCUACAAAACCUUAUGAAUGCAAGGAAUGUGGAAAAACCUUUAUUUGCAUCUCACAACUUACUUAUCACCAAAAUAUUCAUACUGGGGAGAAACCUUAUGAAUGUAAAGAGUGUGGGAAGGCCUUUAUUUGUAGAUCUCAUCUUACCCAGCAUCAAAGAAUUCAUACUGGUGAAAGACCCUAUGAGUGUAAUGAAUGUGGGAAGGCCUUUUUUUGUGGUUCUCAACUUACUUACCAUCAGCGAGUUCAUACUGCAGAGAAACCCUAUCAAUAUAAAGAAUGUGGAAAGGCAUUUAUUCGUGGCUCCCAACUUACUGAACAUCGGAGAACUCAUACUGGUGAGACCUAUGAAUGUAAGAAAUGUGGGAAAGCUUUUAGUUAUGGCUCACAGCUUACUCUACAUCAUAGACUUCAUACUGGUGAAAAACCAUAUAAAUGUAAAGAUUGUGAGAUGUCCUUUAUUCGUGGUUCACAACUAACUGAACAUCAGAGGAUCCAUACAGGUAAGAAACCACAUGAAUGUAAGCAAUGUGGAAAGGCCUUUAAUUAUGGUUCACAACUUAUUAGACAUCAGAGGAUUCAUACCGGUGAGAAGCCCUAUGAAUGUCAAGAAUGUGGGAAAUCAUUUAUUCGUGGCUCACAACUUACUGAACAUCAAAAAAUUCACACUGGUGAAAAACCCUUUGAAUGUAAGGAAUGUGGAAAAGCCUUUAUUCGUGGCUCACAUCUUACUCAGCAUCAGAGGAUUCAUACUGGUGAAAAACCCUAUGAAUGUAAAGACUGUGGGAAGGCUUUUAUUUAUGGCUCACAACUGACUCAACAUCAGAGAAUUCAUAAAGGUGAGAAUCCCUAUGAAUGUAAACAGUGUGGGAAGAUCUUUAUUUGUGCCUCACAACUUACUCUACAUCACAUUUUUCAUUCUGGUAGGAAACCAUAUGAAUGUAAGGAAUGUGGUAAAGUUUUUAUUCGUUGCUCACAGUUAACUUACCAUCAGAGAGUUCAUACUGGUGAGAAGCCAUAUGAAUGUAAUGUGUGUGGGAAAGCCUUUAUUCGUGGUUCACAUCUCACCCAACACCAGAGAAUUCAUACUGGUGAGAAACCAUACAAAUGUGAAUGUGGGAAGGCCUUUAAUCGUGGCUCACAGCUUACUCAAAAUCAGAGAAUCCAUUCUGGUGAGAAGCCUUAUAAAUGUAGUGCAUGUGGUAAGGACUUCAGACAUCAUUCACACCUUACUCAACAUCAAAAGCUUCAUAAUGGAGAAAAUAUGAAAAUGUUAAUUUAAUAAAUCCUUUACCCAUCUGCCCAUCACACUUAGCUUUGGAAUAUCAAAAAAUUCAUAUUAUAAAUGUGGGACUCCACUUUCAUAGGUAACUCAUUUUUAUAGAAUUCACAGUGAAAGAAAGCUAUAUUCAUAUGUAUGCAGAAUAAUUUUCCAUCAUAUUUCAGUCCUUCUUAGAUGUUAGUGAAAAUAUACAAGAGCACAAUCCUAAAAUGUAGGGUUAGAUUUCUCUUGUUCAGCAUCUUCUGAGCUCUACUGUUUAUGUGUUUUCUUUUGGGGAAGUUACUUAAUCCCUGUACACUUUAGCUUCCUCAUUUAUAAAACAAUAUCUCAUCACUGUUCUGUAAUUCAAAGGAGUAAAUAUGUAUAAAGACUUAAAGCAAUGUAAAAUACAUAGUUUAUUCUAAGUAAAUGUUAGCUAUUAUUUCAAACUUUAUUAGGUAUUUUAAUUAUAUACUGUCACAGACUUCAAAUGAACAAGAGAGACUUCACAAGUACAGUAUGUAAGGUAAACCUUCAUCACUUUUAGCAUCAGAUAAGUCAUUUUGAAACAUGACAUUGUAAUAUAAUUAAUGUAGGGUCAUACCAUGUUCUGAAUCAUGAAAUUCUUACUAGAAGGAAACACUUGAGGGAAAAAUAAGCAUUUGGCUUUACAAAUAAAGCACGUAUGAACAUUUCUGUAUAGGAUUUUGUGUAAACAUAAAUUUCUGUUUAUCUGAUGUAAAUGCCAGCAGUGCAAUUUCUGAGCCAUAGCAAAUGUGUUUUAUCUUAUAAGAAAUGAAGAAAUUAUUUUCCAAAAUGACUUCACCCAUUUUAUAUUCCUAUAAAUAUGACUCAGUAUCUCAUCUCUACUAGCAUUUGGUGUUGUCACCACUUUUCACAGUAACUAUCUGAUAGGAAUGUAAUGACAUCUCUUUGUAGUCUUAAUUUGCAUUUCCCAAAUGGCUAAAGAUGUUGAACACCUCUUCGUGUGCUUGUCAUCUGUACAACCAUUUUAGUGAAAUUCCUGUUUGUGUUUACUUUAUAAUUUUUUUAUUUAAUAUUUUUCACUUUUGGGUUUUGAGAGAGUGAUUCCUAUAUUCUAAAUGGUAAUUAGUUCUUCAUUGGAUAUGUGAUUUGCAAAUAUUUUUUCUGAGUGCAUGGCUUAUCUUUUCAUCCUUUUCACAAGGUAUUUUGAAAGGGAAAAGUUUUCAAUUUUGAUAAGGUCUGGUUUAUCAAUUUUUCCUUUUCUGGAUCUUGCUUUUGGUGGUGGUGUCAAAUCUAAG